UAUAUUGUGAAGACUGCAUAGAAAAAGUUGAUAUGCAAGUCAGAUGUGUUCAAGAUACAAGUCGAGGGUUCGGACUUGUUGACACUUUCGAGGCCGAUUCACCGAGGCAAGGGUUGGCAGGCACUUAAACUUUAAUUUUUCACAAGGGUAAGAAUGGAUCGUUUGUUGCGUCUGGGAGGAGGACUGCCAUCGCUGGGACAGGGCCCGCCACCUAAUGAUGCCCCUGUACCCGACACCGCCGAACAGGUGUACAUCUCGUCACUAGCACUGCUCAAGAUGCUCAAACAUGGACGUGCUGGCGUCCCCAUGGAAGUGAUGGGUCUCAUGCUGGGCGAGUUUGUUGACGACUACACAGUGAGGGUCAUUGAUGUGUUUGCCAUGCCUCAGAGUGGAACGGGAGUGUCUGUGGAGGCGGUAGAUCCAGUGUUUCAGGCCAAGAUGUUGGACAUGCUGAAGCAGGUUGGGCGGCCAGAGAUGGUGGUGGGAUGGUACCACUCUCACCCUGGCUUUGGUUGCUGGCUCUCUGGGGUAGACAUCAAUACUCAACAGAGCUUUGAGGCGCUGUCUGAACGUGCUGUGGCAGUAGUGGUCGACCCCAUACAAUCAGUUAAAGGCAAGGUAGUCAUAGAUGCUUUCCGAUUGAUCAAUCCAAACAUGAUGGUUCUUGGACAGGAACCUAGACAGACAACUUCUAACCUUGGACACCUUCAGAAACCUUCAAUCCAGGCCUUGAUCCAUGGGUUGAACAGGCACUAUUACUCAAUUCCUAUUAAAUAUCGCAUGAAUGAAAGAGAACAGCAGAUGCUCCUGAACCUACAUAAGAAGUCCUGGAUGGAGGGACUCAUGCUUCAGAACUACAACGAGCACAGUAGCUUAAAUGAGGAUACUGUCAAGGAGAUUCUCAGUUUAGCCACAGCUUACAACAAGAGUUUGGAAGAAGAAGAAAAAAUGACUCCAGAACAACUUGCUAUUAAGAACGUAGGGAAGCUGGACCCCAAGCGCCAUCUAGAGGAUAAGGUUGAGGUGCUCAUGACCUCCAAUAUUGUCCAGUGCUUGGGGGCCAUGUUGGACACGGUUAUUUUCAAGUGAGCAGCACAGGACAUGCUUACAACACUUCAUCAUAAAAUUAUUUUAGAGGGUCCCUUUUUCUGCUACAUAUUAAUAGCUUUGUUGUGAACACUCCUAAUCUUUACUGAAUAAAAUGUAUUUGUCAUAA